CUUUUGCGCAUCCUCCAUCUUCCGCUUCCUUUCUGCAACCUCUCGUUUCUCAGCUUCAAUCCUCCUCCAGCCGCCCGUCUUGACCCUCCAUCACGAGAUGGACCCUUUGUCUUGUGCAAGCGCCCGGUAAGUCUCCAUCUGGCAGAUCAGGUCCAGAUGCUCAAUCCAACGAUGGAUCGUACUGGUCUACUCCAAUGCUGAGGCUUGCCUCAAUUGUAUUCAUCUACUACUACUACCACUGCCCCGGCCUCACCGACUUGCUCUGUCUUCUACCUCUCUUUCCUCUACUUCACUGCAUGUGUUCGCUUUCCAGCUCGCGCAGGCUUCGCUGAGUCUUCAUUUUCGUCUUUGAGCAUUUCGCAAUCGUCCUUGGUGACACGAGAACCAUCUGCACCGCCCCUUGGCUCCCCCUCCUGUGAGGCCUGUAUCCUGCACUGGUAGCCUGAACCCAAAAGCCAGAGACCGUUCUGUCGACCUCUGGGCGCCUAUUGCCACAAGACUUGUUCCACGCCCCUUCUGAGCACCAAGACCACUCCCCCGAUCCCCAGGUCCGCUGCACAUACCUCCGUAGGGCGAUUCAAUUUCUCAGGCGCCCAAUAGUCAAACCACAUCUUCUGAAGCCCCCUCAUCAGAAGACACACAGGCGGCUAGCAAUUAGUCGACCUUCCUCCCUCAUCUCUGCUGUUUUCACUAUAUUCAUCUGCUCAUCAUCGACAUCUGGAUGAGCAAGAGCUGGUUCUCAACAGUGCGACAAACUCUGCGAGCAUAAGGUUAUACCUAUCGCCACUAUUAUACGCCCAGGUGGCAGUCCUUUGUUGGUCUCACGUCAGCUUCGGCCACUUCACUUUGGCCCCCGAACUUUCUUUGGAGGUUCCCGGUGGCACCGCGGGCGCCCAAGUCUACACCGCAAUAAGAAAGUCAAGUUCCGAGCAAUGGCACCAUCCAACUUCGAACCGGUCUCGCCUAUUGAUCUUACAGCGGACUCGCGCCGGUAUCGCACUGCCGAUCUCGACGAGAAAGCAGAUAUCAAAGCAACGACACGAUCCCUCCGAACAAACUCGACGGCUUCCAGCACUCGGUCUGGAAACCAGGUGCGGAGGGCACGCUUCGCUGAGGCGACGUCCGUCCUGUCGCCCGCAUCAGGACCUGGUGAGCAUCAGUCACCAUUUGCGGACCCGAAAAUGGACGACAGCAGCAGUGGAGGUCCCAAACCAUCAGAUGUGGGAUUCGGGUACAUUUCAGACAGUCAACCCAUCGAGCAACAUGCCACGAUACGGGGAGAUCCCAAUGGUUUGGCCGGUGCGCCGCUGAAGUCAGCCUUGAAGACUCCCGGGACCGCUAGUCGAAUGUUGAAUCCUUUGAGUCCGACUUUCCGCGAAGAGCAAAUGCUCGAGAAGGAAGAAGAGAAGACAGAAGUUCAACAGGCGAAGGAUCUUAAAGUGAAGAAGAGAGUCCGAAUCGCGAAAAUGGUUCUCCGCGGCGUCAAUUUCUCUUGCUCGCUCAUCGUCCUCGCCAUGCUCAGCACAGUGUUGACCAUUUUCCACGCAACCAAAUCCCUUCCACCACGCAACAAUCUACCAGCAUGGGCGCCGAAGCAGCAAACAUGGCCACAGAUAGUGGUACUGAGCAUCGCCUGUGUUUCACUGCUAUUUUCCAUCAUCGUCAUCCUAGCCUACUGCCGUGGUGGACAUAGACGGGCCGAGAAAGUCGCUGUCUACUACACCAUGUUCGCAGUAGGGUGGUUCAUGUUCAGCAUUGUCAUGUGGGUUGUGGGAGCGGGCAUUUUACACGGCAGCAAAGCCAGCGGAGGCGGAACCGAUCUCUGGGGUUGGAGCUGCAAGGACAACAAGCGCCGCCAGUUGUUUCAAGAUGACGUGCACUAUGCUCUUGUUUGUCGUCUGCAAGACUGGAGUCUAAUCUGCUGCAUCAUCGAAGUCGUGGUCGAGGUGAUUGUCAUCGCCAUCUACGGAAUCGUCUUCUACCGAUUCUGGUCCAAGAACCGACUGCGCAAAUCCAUGGAUGCUCGCGACCGAGCUCGCACAGACUUGUACCUUGCCCAACUGCGUACUCAAUCGGCACCCAACACUCCUGGCUUUGCUCAGACUCCUAGAACCCCAGGCUUCCCAACGACGCAGAAAUCCAUGGUGGACUCUUCGUAUCCUGAGAUCGAACGUGGACCGUUGUCGUCACCAACGCAGUAUGCUGCUGUCUCGCCGCAUUCUAACACCACGGCUUCGCCUUUCAAACUUCAAGCUCCACCUAUCCGGGUUCAGCACGCUUCGCCCAGGCAGUCUGGCUCCGAAGGGUUUGAGAGGUCAAGGGCAGGUGCCACUUCACCGCCUCAGCCGCCCAUGUCCCCGCCCCCGGAGGAGAGGGUGCAUGAGCAUGUCACCGCCGCUCCGGGCGAGCAGACUUAUGAGUCUGUCCCGAUCCCAGGCGCGUAUGCACCACAUUCAAACGCGCCAGCACCUGGACAGGCGUUUUAGUUGAAGAAGGUGAAGCCGAGGAGGAAGGGCAAACUGGGAACAUCACGUCCAAGAUCCUGAAUGGUGUAUCAAAGCCCAGUAUGAGCGGGCCGGAUUCUGCAGUGUUUGGCGUUCGAGUUGGUAGUAAUAGGUGGGGAGAGAGGGAGAGCAGAUACUAGUAUGGGGGAAGAGGUUCCAAACGUUGACUUAUUUUACUCAUUCCAAGAAUCAAAACGCCGCCGCCGCCGCCGCCGCAGUGAGAUAUGCCAGUGCGGUUCUUGCGUGUCUACGGGUCUGCAUGUGACUAUUGGUACCCAAUGUAUCUACCAUCAAAGUCCAAGCCAACUUACUACAGUAUGUCUAUCUACAUUUCAUUACCGGAUCAUUGCAUGUAUCCAUCCAUUAUUCUUCUCUUCUCUGGACAGAGCUACAAACAGAAACGAUUACUGGUCGAAUAUAUUCUAUCA